AUGGAAAGAAGAUAUCGGUCCAAGUUGUGGCCUAAGGAAAUGACAUCCAAGGACCUUAUAAGGAGAUUACAGGGUGUGAGGAAGAAUUACCAAAAUAUGAACAAAUACAAAGUUAAAUUCAAAGGACAGAUUAAACAGAAUAACAGUGCAGCGGAAAUCCUAUGUCAUCUUAAGAACAGGGUAAACAUGUCACCCCUUAUGGCCACUGAUCUCCCUCCUACUGCCAUUUCCUGGAGCCAAUACAUGCCCAAGAAGAGUCUUCAAGAAAAGAUUGGAAAGCUUGGACGUUGUGCUGUCGUAACAUCAGCAGGAUCUAUGAAAUUCUCAAAACUCGGGUUGGAGAUUGACUCCCAUGAUGCUGUUCUAAGGUUCAACAAGGCACCCACAAAUGGAUUUGAGAUUGAUGUUGGAUCAAAAACUACAAUUCGACUGAUAAAUUCACAGAUUCCUACUCAUCCCAGUUAUAAAUUCCUGAAUGAUCCCCUUUAUAAAAAAGGAAUAUUGGUUAUUUGGGAUCCCGCUCCAUAUGACGCAGAUGUACAUCAGUGGUAUGAGAAACCAGAAUAUCAAUUCUUUGACCACUACAGACACUAUUGCAAGCGGAACCCUAAUCAGACAUUUUACAUCCUGAAUCCAAAAACUAGCUGGAAGUUGUGGGAUAUAGUACAGGAGAACGCACCAGAGAACAUUCAACCAGAUCCACCAUCUUCAGGGUCACUGGGAAUAUUGCUAAUGAUGAACCUCUGCGAUGAAGUCAAUGUUUACGAGUUUCUGCCAUCCAUUCGACAAAGUGACCUGUGCUACUAUUAUGAUAGGUUCUAUGACCGUGCUUGCACAGUUGGGGGAUACCAUCCUCUAAUGUACGAGAAGAAUUUAGUGAUGAAACUUAACCAGGGAAAUAUGGACACCAUUCACAAGUAUGGGAAGGUGACAUUGCCGGGUAUCAAGAACCUGAAGUGCUGA